CAUCGAUGCCUAUAAAAACAGAAAACGAAUGUAGCGAAAACAAUAACAAACUCUUAGAAGAACGCCUUAGGCGUUAUGAAGAUGAAUCAGGCCAAAUUAGUAGUACGUCAACAUUAAUAGACAGAGUUUCAUAUUUACGACAUAAUAGAGAAAAUGAUGUGUCAAAGGCAAUCAAUAAAAUUGAGGAUUCAAUGAGCUUUGAUCUUUGCUUCGUUUUGGAUUGUACAGCCUCUAUGUCUCCUCAUAUCGAAGCAGCAAAAGUGCAUAUAUUAAAAGUUGCUAGUUAUGUAAACAGCAAUAAUUCAAAUGCCAAAUUCUGGAUUGGUUUUUGUGGCUAUCGUGAUCACUUUAAUGGUAGCAACCGCUUACAAAUUUUUGAUUUUACUAACUCUCUCGAGAAAUUUAAAACAUACAUAACAGACAAAGUGACGGCUAUAGGUGGCGCUGAUAUCCCAGAAGAUGUUUUAGGUGGUCUUAAUGAAGCGAUAACUGAGAUGACAUGGAGCAAUGCCACUC